UCUAAAAGACGUAACAAGAAGUACAAAAAGGAAAUCAUGAAAUUUCUAACAAGUUUGUGUUUAAUUGCUUCACUGGCAACAAUUGCUUGGGCCAGCAGUGCUGCUUGGGGCCGACGAAAUUCAACCGAUUAUUUGCUAUUGCGUGAAAAUGUUGUACGAACACCCUUGAAGAAUAACUAUUGGAGUGUUAAUGUGCAAUUUCCAAAAUCGGGUCAAGUCAACAAAAGGGUAAUCACUGCAAUUUUCGUCUAUGAUCGUUUUACUAACUCUUCGGGAGCUCAACCCAGUCUGUGGUCAGGUGGUCCUAAUCUAACCUAUGCCACAGUCAAUUUGAAGAGUCAAACCUCACGUGGCAUAAAUUCAACCGUUGAAAUUUAUGGAAGAUAG